AACUAAACUUCACGUCUUCACCCUACUCACAGCGACCCUCGAGGUUGGGCUCGAGUAUCACCAUGGCUGAUGUGAAUGGGAUCUUAAGUCAAGCUGAUGUUCUUUUCCCCCGCGCCGGCGGUCUCUUCCCUCCCUCUUCCGUAAUCAACAAAUGGCCAGCACCGAAUUAUAUCAACCCGGAGACGAGGGACUGGACUGGGUCAAUAAUGUUGAUAGUCGUACUCGCGAUUACUUGCGCUGUAUACCUAGCACGCAUCUGGGCACGAAUGAAUGUGGCCAAGAAUCCUGGAUUGGACGACCUUCUGAUGUCAAUUGCGAUGAUUCCUCUCAUUGGAUUGACGGUAGCAGUCAUUUUAGGCAACAGUGUCUAUGGGUUUCAAUUGCAUGCUUGGGAUCAAACACCUCGGACCCUCAUAACUAGUCGCCAGAUCACGUUAGCAAUCGAGGUUCUCUACUUGGUAGCUACAUCGCUCAUCAAGAUAUCUAUUCUUUGCUUUUAUCGACGCAUCACGAAUGGAACCAUUAGCAAGGCUUUUGUGUACUGGGUCUGGGUAUCUAUUGUUUUUGUAGUCUGCUACUGCAUCAUCUUUGUCUUCAUCAUCGUCUUCUCGUGUUCUCCAAUUGAAGCAUACUGGCACCUCUUUGACCUUGCUUGGAGAUUAUCACACGAGCUGAAGUGCCACAAUGAAGCAGUGGAGAUUAUUUCUGUGGUGGUUAUUAGCACGUUGCAGGAUCUAUUCAUAUGCGCGCUUCCGAUUUUCCUUGUGUGGAAUCUCCAAAUUUCGAGACGACAAAAAGCUGCACUCAUUGGCAUCUUUGCAUUAGGCUUACUGACAUGCGUCUGUGGAGUAAUGCGGACCUACUAUGCUAUAUACGUCUACUACUACACUUACGAUAUUACUUGGAUCGCCCACCAUGGUUGGAUAUGGACUGCAUUAGAGGCGGACCUGGGAGUAAUAUGCGCUUCCGCCCCUGCACUCAAGGUCUUCUUCCGUCGCUAC